AUGGAGGAGAAGCGGCGGCUGCGUCGGUCCCCGCCUGUGGAGGCACGGCGGGAGCGGGAGCGGCGGCGGGCGCGGGAGCAGCCGCGGUGCGGGGAGGUGGCGGGCGGGACAGCGGCGGAGUGCGCCGCGGUGUGCGGCUGCUUCCCCUGCGCGGUGGUGGAGUUCGUCGUGCUCGUGGCCGUGCGCGUGCCCGCCGCGCUGUGCCGCCGCGCGCUCCGCGCUCGGGCGAGGCGCAGGCGCGCCCCCCGCGCCGCCGCGGCCAAGAAGAAGGAGAUGGCGGGGCUCCUCGCGUCGGACGCCGCCGCGUCGUCCUCCCCGACCGCGGCAGCGGCCAUGGACAGGAACGGGGACGCGCUCAACUUCUGCUACUGGCCCACGGGCACGGCGGCGGCCAGGCGCGACGAGCUCGCCGAGGCAGAGGCGGCGGUCUGGGCCAGCUUCUCGGGCGUCGGCUUCUAG